AUGGUACUACGGCACCUGCUGGCUCUAUCCCUCAUCAGUAGUGUUCUCGAGGUGUUGAGUCAACCUAGAGACAACGAGAGAUGGUUCCCAGCACCUUCAGCCCCUUCAGGUGUUCUCGAGGUGAUGAGUCAACCUAGAGACAACGAGAGAUGGUUCCCAGCACCUUCAGCCCCUUCAGGUGUUCUCGAGGUGAUGAGUCAACCUAGAGACAACAAGAGAUGGUUCCCAGCACCUUCAACCCCUUCAGGUGUUCAACAGCCCCAGGACGGCUCAGGAGUGAUACCAGAGAACCGACCUCCAUGUACCCGAACAGGAAACACGAUUUCCAUAAACGGUGUCAAUUCAUAUAAUUUGAAAAUUUCUGCAGAGGGGAGAGUCAAGUUUCCAGAAGCUUCAGGCGUGACAAUACCAGUGUCCCCAGAGAAGGAUUCACAGUUAGGAGCAACACAAGAAGUGGCAGAGUACUUAGGCUCAGCACUUAUGUCUGUCGUCGACGAUCAGUACCAACGUAGUCCUCACAGCGGAGCUAGUUCCUCAGGUGCAAGGAGAGUGAAGAGACAGCAGCGAGGCAAGGACACUCCUGCCGCCGCCCAGACCUCACCUGCAGAGGAUGAAGAGAACAGGGCAUCAAUUGGAGGGAAGACACCCAGCAGUCAAAAUAGUGAACCUGAAGGUCACGGUGGGGGAGGUCAGGACAAAGGUGUCAGAAAAUUUACCGGGGGUAAGGUGGGGCACGAGUGGUCUGACCAACACCUGCUAUACAACGACCUCUUCAAGAACUACAACAAACACAUCCGUCCCAUCCUCAACCACGAUGACGUAUUGACCGUCCACUUUGAGAUCGCCCUCUUCAACGUCCUCAACUUGAGUGAGUGUGGUUGUGGCUUCAGGCAGACGAGCUAGCAGCCACCCUGGAGGAAGACACGGUCACUCCCGCCACCACCCGCUAAGAGUGACUCCUUCAUCAGUGACCAAAACCAGAGUGUUAUUUCACGUGAUAAGCUGACAACUGUACAGUAUAUGACUGUGGUGGAUCCUUAUCUGCCAAAGACACAGGAAAAUAAGAUUUUAGAAGAAAUGUCACCUGGAGUUGUGUUAGCUUCGACGACAGACAACGCGGCGUGUCUUAGAAACUUCUAGAAGGAAGGAAGGAAGGUGGUGCUCCAAGAUGGUGGCGUCUGUGGCACUGCGGGCGACACUCCUCUGUCUCCUUGCUGCCAUUCCAAUCAUCAAGGGGGAAAGCAGUGGAAUGGGAAUGGGAAUGGGAAUGGGGAUGAAGGAUGGCAACUAUUCUUCACCCGUGCAUCGCCUUUUUGCGGAUCUCUUCAGAAAUUACAACAAACACGUCCGCCCUGUCCAGCACCCGGGUGAAACGACAGGCAUCUUCUUCGAGCUCUCCAUCUUUAACAUCCUGAACGUGGACACCAAGAAGCAACAGAUCACAACCAACUCAGAGAUGAUCAUGAAAUGGCAGGACAUCAACCUCGUAUGGGACCCCAGCCAGCAGCACA